CCUCGCCUGACUCCAAGCCAGCAGGGGCAGUUUGGCAUCAGGAUGCAUGUGUGCAUGGGGCUGGAGCAAUUCACACCUCCUGCACAGCUACUCCGCCAGCAGCGUGCGCGUCGCAUCACGGAUGCUCCUCUUGAGCGGCAGCAUCCCCAUGGCGCUCUUCACAGGAACCGGCGGCCAUCUUAACGGCACCGAUGCCAUUCCCUGUGGGGCAAGUAACACGACAGAGCCGGGCCUGCCGCGCUCACAUGCCUACUACGCCCUCUGCUACUGCCUCCUGAUUUUGGCCAUCAUCUUUGGGAACGUGCUGGUCUGCCUAGCCGUGCUGAGGGAGCGCGCCCUGCAAACCACCACAAACUACCUUGUGGUAAGCCUGGCGGUGGCGGACUUGCUGGUGGCUACUUUGGUGAUGCCGUGGGUGGUGUACCUGGAGGUGACCGGGGGAGUCUGGACUUUCAGCCGCAUCUGUUGCGAUAUCUUCGUCACCAUGGAUGUCAUGAUGUGCACGGCCAGCAUUUUAAACCUCUGCGCUAUCAGCAUUGACAGGUACACUGCAGUGGUGAAACCAGUGCAGUACCAGUACAACACUGGGCAGAGCUCCUGCAGGAGGGUCUCUCUUAUGAUUGUGAUAGUCUGGAUGCUGGCAUUUGCAGUGUCGUGCCCUCUCCUCUUUGGCUUCAAUACUACAGGGGAUCCCAGUGUCUGUUCCAUAUCCAACCCUAUUUUCGUCAUCUACUCCUCUUUGGUGUCCUUCUACCUCCCCUUCAUGGUGACCCUGCUGCUCUAUGUCCGGAUUUACCUCGUGCUAAGACAAAGACAAAAGAAGCGAACCCUCACCCGACAGGGCAGCCACAGCGCCAGCACCAAACCGUGCUGUACACACGAAGUAAGAUCCCCAUGAACGCAGUAGGAGCUCCUCCAGCGGUACCGCAGCUUCUGCCAAGAUGCAUCCCUCAGCAAGACACCAGGGACUACACAGCACAACAGGCUGGAAGAGAGGAGAAAGAGUAGGAGUCCAGGGCUGGAGGUGCGGAGGCUCAGCAAUGGCAAAACCAUCAGCUCUCUGAAGGUAGUGCACCAGCAGCCCCGGCUGAUCCAGCUUCGGGAGAGGAAGGCUACACAGAUGCUAGCUAUCGUCCUGGGGGCGUUCAUAGUCUGCUGGCUGCCCUUCUUCUUGAUUCACAUCCUCAACGCCCACUGCCCGGCCUGCCGCGUGCCCCCGGGGCUGUACAGCGCCAGCACCUGGCUUGGCUACGUCAACAGCGCCCUCAACCCCAUCAUCUACACCACCUUCAACACUGACUUCCGCAGAGCCUUCCUCAAGAUCCUCUGCUGCUGA